AUGAGUUCAACAAACUGCGACGGCGUAAACCAGCUCGCCGCCCCCCACGAACCAACCCCUGAGUAUGAAGCCCAGAAGCCCGAGACGGCGACGAUAGGCGACCAACAUGACCUAGUCAAGACCGACGAGACCGACUCAAGGGACCGAAAUGUGGCUCGGGCGUCGACAGCGGAACCUACGGAGCUCGACGACAAGACGUCUGCCCUUGCCGCCAAAGCUCUCAAAUUCAUUUCCGAAGCCACGCCAGCGACCCUAGCAGGUGUUGCAGUCGCAGCGUCUGCUAUGAUAUAUGCCCUCCUCGGCCAAAUCGGUCUCUUGUUAAUUGGUGCCAUCGGUGGUGUGCUAGCGUUGAUCUCGCUAGAAACCAGAAAUCCAGCCAUUGCGCAAGCCGUGCGGGGAGAAAAGGGACCAGAAGUUCUCGAUAGGGUCUGGCUCGAUUUGCAGCAGUGCAAAAGGAAUGAUUGCAACCAAGAUGGCGAUUACGAAGAGACUGCCUCUAAGUCCUUUGACGAUUUUCGACCAGAAACACGGGACGCCCUAGGCGGACUUGUGGACGCAGUCAUUCGAGACUACGUCAAGUGGUGGUAUAGUCCAAUUAUACCAGGCGACCAUUCAUUCCCUCUGUCCUGCCGAAAGACGCUGAACUCGUAUCUGCUGUCUAUUUCCAAUCGAAUAUCCAAGAAACGACCAGCAGACGCUUUCUUGGAUCUACUUGCGAACGGUUCUUCCAUCGUCAUCGCGCUGUUAUCAGAGCUCGCUGCGGCUUUUGCGGACCUGCCUCCUGAAACGAACAUGACCGCAGCAGAUGCAGUAUACAAUUACCUGGCAUCGAAUCCAGAUUCUCGACUUGCCAACCUACUCAAUCAGAAACAGCAAGCUGCCAAGUUCAGGAUGGUAGCUGAGGAUCUCUUGGGGUUUCUGGAUCAAGGUGUCCAAAACUGCGAUCCAGCUCGGAUUUUCCUUCGAGAAAUCCUUGCCAAUUCUGUGCUUGAGACAACCCUGCAGACUUGCAGCAAGGCCGAAUGGAUUAAUGGAUGGAUUGUGUAUCUUCUGGAGGCUGGCGAACCAGACAUCAACCAGGCCAUUGACGUCGGAAUGCAAACUGGCCGUGACACUGGGUCCAACGUGUUUGCAGACAUUGACGGAAAUGUAGGCAACAUUGGCAUUGCAAAGCCUGUAGUGGCUCGUUCAAGUUUGGAAUUGGAUCGGUCGCGUCGGAAAGAAUCACUCGGCCAUAAGAAAAAGUUGAGUAGAGCCGAUGAAGAGCUGGAAGGUGCCAUGGGAGAAACGAAACGAAUGAAUGCAAUGAUUGCUCGAGAUGAUGAACGACAACAGAGAGACGAUACCAAUCUGGACAGGACAGAUACGUCUAAUAAGAGUGUAGAGUUGGUGUCAGAAUCCCAGGAAACCGGUCAGAAAUCACCCGAAACUCCCGAAGAGCCCGCUGUAUUAAAGGGACUGGGUGAAAAGUCGUCUCCCAGAGGCGCGUCGACAGACUCUACCAAGAGUGAAGCAGAGAACACGCCCGUUACGCCCAGAUCUGGCCUCGAGUCCCCAAGCCAAAAGUCAUCACCACAGCGGUCCAGUGAGCAGCACUUUACUUCGUUUGAUCAGAUUGUGCCACCAGGUCAAUCGGAGGACAAUGACGAGGAUGGUCCUCGAAAGGCUCCUCUUACGCUUCAUAACGCGUCGUUUACUUUGCACGAUGAUGCCUCAGGUGACGGCGGCAAGAUUCGCAGCAAACCUAGUUGGGACUAUUUAAUCCAAGUCGAGCCGUCAUCGUCUGCACAUACUGGAUGGAUGAUUGUUCGACGUUACUCAGAUUUUGAAACGCUACAUGAGAUUCUGAGGAGGAUUGCAACUAUAUCUGGAGCCACUGCAUUUAUGGAGCUGCACAAAGAAUUGCCAAGCUGGAAAAUACACACAAGAGAGUCUCUCCGGGGAGAGCUUGAAAGGUACCUGAGGGACGGGUGUUGGUAUCAGUCACUGGCUGAGAGUGAAGGCAUGAAGCGCUUCCUGGAGAAGUCUCAGGGCCAUACACACGGUAACUCAAAAUCCUUUGGCUGGGAGACUGUUGGCAAGAACAUGCUUGACGUUCUUACUAUUGCGCCCAAAGGUGCUGUGGAAGGAGGCAAGACAUUGGUUGGCGGUGUAAGCGGAGUAUUCGGCAACAUUGCUGGUUUGACUAGGAAAUCGACCAGCCAGUCAGUCGAUUUGACGGGGUCUGUGAAUAGACUAUCUAUAUCCACGCCGCCUCGAGUGGAUUCAGCAAGAUCUCCAGCCAGAUCAGAUAGAGCUAGCAUGGACAGCCAACGCUCUUCGAUUAUCUCCAUCCAACCCGGAAAGAUGGCACCAAUGUCGCGACGGCCCAGUUACCAGUCCGUAGGCGAUAUUGACGGUGAGAUGGGGAGGAUGGGUCGCAGUGCUGAGAGAAUCGAGACUGGAUCUGGCCCAGCAAGUGCACGACCCAGCAUGGAGCAUAGUAGAGCAUCUAGCUUGGCGGCACUUCGGUCACCUUCGACCGUUAGUCUUGAUUUCACGAAGCUUCCCCCGCCACCAGACGAGAUGAUGAGUGAUUAUGAAUCAUCAGUGAAUGGUGAUGAAACACAAUCGAGACAAAACGAUGGUGCGAACAUCUAUCAAACUAUUCGCGGUCUACCAAACAGCUCUAGUGCGCCGUCCUUGUCGACCCCGAAUAGUGGGAAGAAGACGAUGACGAAGCCUGUCAAACAGUACUCGCAGAUGUCGGAGCAAGAAACCAGAGUGGCCGUCGAGCUCCUGUUUGCUGUGAUUAAUGAGAUGUAUACUCUUUCGUCUGCAUGGAACAUUCGCCGCACGCUUCUGACCGCAGCCAAGUCCUUCCUCCUGAGACCGGGGAAUCCGUCAUUGCUCACUGUGCAGUCUUUGAUCCAGUCAUCUGUGCUCGAUGCAAACACAUCGGACGCUGGAAUCGCAGCUCAGCUGCGCAAGCUUCGGGAGAAUACAAUGCCCACAGACCAAGAGAGGGCUACCUGGCCGGAAGAAAUGACAGCUGACGAAAAGGAAAAGUUGGCAAUUAAGGCACGCAGGCUUCUCAUCCAGAGUGGAGUCCCGGCAGCGUUGAUGGGUGUCAUGGGACAGGCGGCCACGGGUGAGGCACUCGGUAGGGUGUUUGACUGCUUGCAGAUAGAGGAGGUGGCGAGAGGCCUGAUAUUUGGACUAAUCCUGCAGGGCGUGAGGAUUUUAACGCACUGA